UUAGUUUUUAACCAUGCAAAAUGCUAAGAAAUUGAAUGAACUCUUCUUUAUACCUGUUGAAUUAACCAACAACUGCUCACCCCUAUAGCUUUGUAUGCAAAAAUUUGGCCAAUACCAGAAAAAUCCUAUCAAAACAGAGUACUAAUAAAUAAUAGCGCUUUCAUAUUCUUCUUCUAAAGUAGAUGAAAACAAAAACCUAUUGAUGCUUGCUGAUCUGAAAUAUUGUAAGAUUCUGCUGUCACGUUUUCAUACAAAUCCGGAGGUUCCACAUUUUCACACACACCUUCACAGUAAUCGCUCCACACAACACCACCAGGCGUGUUCAUUGUGUUAUAAUCAUAGCAUCCUGUUUGUGACUUGCUGACAUCAGUUCCUGUUUCCUCUUUGAUUAUAACAAAAAAAAAAAAAAAAAAAAGAAUAAAAUAAAUAUGCAGAGCAUGCAGCAAGGGCUGACUGAUUUUCUCACGCACAGGUUUCUUAUCAGGAAACGACAGGGCAAACAAGAGGACUAAUCAACUCCUGUUGUGGGGGAUAUUGUUUUAAAAGAAGGGGAAACUGAAAUUGAGCAUGACGCUAAAAUCUCAUCGAUUAUCACUAGGUGUCAGUAACGAGCCCAUGUGCACAGGAAACGUUACUCCUGCACAACCUGUGCACAAUGGUUUUACAUUAUAAUUCAAGCGGUCCGUGGUUGUGGAAAAUCAUGAUUCAGCGCUUGGAUUGGGUCUCAAGUGUCCAAUGAGCCAGGCAUUAGGGGUGCCUUGCAAUCAAAGUAAGUCAAGGCCAGAUUGUCAAAUGUAUGGAUGUAAGGCUAUCCCAAGUGAUGCUGUGCUGUUUUAAGAAGGGUACAGGAAUACUUUAAAUCAGGCCUAAUUUGAGCAUUUUCCCUCCCCAUCCUUGCUGAUUUUCAGAUGUCUUCAAGAUAGAUUAUAUGAAGAGUGAUACCCCAUCACACACCCAAACUUUAUUUGCUCGGAAAAGGGUGGUCAGGAGGUCAUCCAAUCAUACAUGUCCUAUACUGCGUAUCCAGUUCUUGAUCACACAGAGCGAGUUCUGUUACUUGCAUUUUCCUUUUCUAAAUACGACGCAAGCUUUAGGCGGUUUGCUUGGGAAUGCAAUCAUCCAAAGACAGUUGUGGUCAAAGGUUUACAUACACUUGUAAAGAGGAUUCAUGUAAUGGCUCUCUUGGGUGUCUAGUUAUUUAUACAACUGAUUUUUCUAUGAUAGAGUGAUUGGAACAGGUACGGUACUAUUUUGUCCCAAAAAAAAAAAAAAAAAAAAAAAAAUUCAAAGAUUUUUGUUUUUAAUUUACUUUAUUAUGGGUUAACAGAACAAAAUGACCAGAUCUGCUGGGGUCAAGAGUUCAUAUCAGACAACACUAAUAUUUGGUUACAUGUCUUUUGGCCAUUUUCACUUCAAUAUGAACUUUUGGUAGCCAUCCACAAGCUCCUGAUCACCUUCUGGUUGAAACUUACACCACGCCCCUUGACGGAAUUGGUGCAGUUCAGUUAAAUUUGUUAGCUUUCUAACAAUUACCUGUUUCUUCAACAUGGGCCACGUGUUCUCAAUGGGUUUUAAGUCAGAUCUUUGGGAAGCUUUUUCUGAAACCUUAAUUGUAGCCUGAUUCAGCCAUUCCUUUACCACUUCCGUCAUUGUCCUGUUUGAAUACCCACCUGCGCCCAAGACCCAACUUUCGGCCGGAUGAUCUUCGGUUACCUUGAAUAAUUUGAAAGUAAUGUCACCUGCUUCUGUAUGCUACUUAACAAACUAUUACAAACUGUAUGUUUUAAUUGCAGGGGCUUAGAUGAAAGUUUCAUUCCGCAGUGGUUAUUUUCCAAAGACUUCAAAGAACCAAACAACUGCCACAUGACUGUCUACUAAACGUGUCAUUUGUAAAUAUAACGUUAUUGAUCAAAAUCGUUGUUUUGGAGAUUUGAUUAUAAUUCCUUAAUCCAUUCUAAAGUGUCCAGUCGAACUUUAUUUCAAUGCUGACGAUUUUGGAUUGUCCAACAAGCGUUAAUAAAUGUGUUAGAUGCUAAAUCAACAUUAAAAACGACUUCAAAUAAUCAAAAUUGCUGUGGUCUGUAGUUGUAUGCUAGGAAAAAUUCAUAGCCAUAUAAAAUUUUCUGAUGCAAUGUCUUCGUGAAUUUCUUAUGCCUGCUCUGAAACGCUAAGAAAGAUUGCAUCAGCCGCACGUUUUGAAAGACACUACAGUUAGCCAAUCGUAUUUGAAGUAGUCCUAACUGACAGCUCAAUGGCCAAUUAUUCUAGGCCAAAGGGUGUCAAUUUUACGAGUGUUUCAAGCCAAUGAGAUGUCGAAUUGGUUAAAGGAACUCCCUUUUUCGGCGUUAAGGAAUCUGAUUGGUUACAAAAUAACUCCCAAAGGAAGCUCGUCAUUCCUAUUGGUUUAUGGGUAAACCUGGUUCAGCCUACCCUCACUGAAGUGUAUAAAUACAUGAGUGCGCCUUCGUGAUUACGUCGAGAACACCCUUGACAGAAGAUAUUAGGAAAUAGGCGACUAUUUUAGGUACUUCUUUAUCACUUUUGAGGUCUGUACGCGUUAUAACAGUGUAUUUGGUCGGUGUAGCAGCUGGCCGAAACCGUUCUUCUUUCAUUUGUGACGCGUCGUUAGGCCCCGAGCGGCUACCAGCACCAUGGAUUUUUAAAAGGCAGUAUGCGGCAACUGUAAUUGCAAUGGCAAUGCAUCGGCAAAACCUCCUGCGCACCCGCGUCCUCGCAACUGCCAAGCAGUUGGGCUCCAGUACCGCUCGCGGUAUACCAUCGAGCCAACCGGUACCACUGCUGCUGGACCGGAGGAAGCUAACGUUCCUAGCCAGCUAGUUAAGAGCGCGAGGCUUGAGAAAUUCCAUCCAUACUUUCUAUCUCGUCAUUAACAUCUUAAACGUCGUGAGUAAUAAACAAAAUGAAGCCUCAAGACAUCAUCGCCGCAAAGAGCAGCAGCCUGUGGAUCUUCGGCUACGGCUCGCUUGUGUGGAAGCCCGAUUUCAAGUACAAGCGGAGCAAAGUGGGCUUCAUUCGAGGCUACAAGAGACGUUUCUGGCACGGGGACAACUUCCACCGCGGCAGCGAUGAGCUGCCCGCAAGAGUGGUGACGUUGAUUCCAGAUGAUGACGCAAGCACGUGGGGUGUAGCUUUUGAGGUGAGCGGCGCCCAGGUGGAGGCGGCCCUGGAGUAUCUGAACGUGCGCGAGGCUGUGCGCGGGGGGUACAACAGCGAGAUGGUUAUGUUCCACCCGGAAGACAACAGUCCAUCCGUGCCGGCGCUGCUGUACAUCGCCACCACCGACAACCCAUUGUACAUGGGGCCCGCCACGCCAGCGGAGAUCGGUGCCCGCAUUGCUGUGUGCGAGGGUCGCACAGGCCACAACCUGGAGUACCUGCUACGGCUGGCCGCCUUCAUGCGCACCAGCUGCCCGCAUGUGGAGGACCACCACCUUUACGCCGUCGAGUCAGCGGCGCUGGCUGUGGUCACCUACUUGUUGGAGGCCCAGUAGCUUGUGAAUACGCACCUAAGGCUCCUCUAGUAGUCUGUGUUGUUCAACUAAUAACACUAUUAUGCCAUCAUUGCACUGUAACAUUAAAUCGUUGUUUUUAAUUUUUUGCACAGUUCUGUCCAUGUUAUGAAUCUGCACAUGCAUUCAAACAAAUGGUUGUUACAACAGUGAGCUGUGUGGGAAUAAAACAAUCUAAAAAUCUA